GGCCUACUGAUUUUUGUCCUGAUCGUUCAUAUUCACAACCUUAUACCAAACAUGCAGAUAGUCGUGAGAUAGUAAAACGAGUAAUACAGUACUGACACCGUCAUGGAUCACGACAGCGCGCCGUUGUUGGCAAAUGACACAGAUGUGAGUGUUCUCUUCAGAGAAAAACCAGGCCCUAAUGAGACCAGUAUAAACAUCCAACCACCACCAUACCAAGAUGCCCCCGCAGCCAGUCCAGCAAAGUACUACGACUUCAGGUUCCGUGGUCGAACUUCAUGUCGAAUUCGAUUGACUGUCCUAAACGUCUUUCUCACGAUCAUGACGGUGUUGAGCAGCUUAAUGAUGGCGAUCACACUUCCGCUCUAUUCGGCGUCGAUGGUGACGGAGAGCUCGACGGACGAGUAUCCGGUUCUCUUCUUCACUGCUCUUUGGUUCCCCAUCUUCUUUCUCGGUCUCGUGGCCAUCAACAAGUUCAUUGAUCCAGAGAUGAGUCUGAAGUCGACGGUCAGUCACCGGGUCAUGGCUAUGGUGGGAGGGAUGAAUUCACUGAAUGGUCUUCUGGUGGUGUAUGCCAGUGAUCCUGAGAGAACGAGUCCUCAGCUACAGGCCAUCCUGGGUACUUCGGUUAUUCCAUUUACCGUAAUCUCCCGGUACAUCAUUUUAAGAAAAGGUGUAAGUCGAGCUCGAUUGGUAUGCACAGGAAUUGUCCUGAUUGGUCUCUUCAUCUCUCUUGAGCCAGUUAUAUUCAGUAUUGAUCAACCUGACAGUGGUAGCGGAGGUGGUGGCGGUGGUGGUGGACAUGGAACUAGUGUUGCUCAAGUUCUUUGGCCUUUCGUUUUCGCCCUUGGUUUCCUGCCAUUGGGUAUUCUCAACACACUCAUCGAGAGGGAACUCAAACGAGAUCAGACACAAUCUCUAGUUUUCCAGACUUGGGUUCAAUUCUACAGCACAAUAAUCAUUUGCCUUCUCUUCUGGACAGAUUUUAUUCCUGGUUUUGGAGCGGCUAGCAAUCCAUCAGAAUUCGGGGAAAACCUGAAGCAUGGCUUUAACUGCAUGUACGGUCAGAACCCAACCUGCAGCGAUGCCGUUCUCUAUGCCAUCCUCUUCAUCAUUAGCUACUGUCUCGCCAAUCUAUUCAUCUUCCUCCUCGUCCGCUUCGCCGAAGGUGCCGUGUAUCUCGUCAUCGUCCAGGCUCUCGUCACCCCACUCGGUGCCAUAUUCUGGACGCUCUUCAAUCCCGAUCCGUCGUUCCAUUGGAAGCCUGUUUUCAAUCUCGCCACGGCGUUCGUUCUCGGCGGUCUCGUCAUCAUGGUACCGGCAGUAGUAUUCUAUAACUAUUUCGGCAACCAAGAGGCAAAGAAGGAGGAAAAGAAGCACCCAAAGGAAGAAUAUUAACAAGCCUACAUUUAUCAUAGAGCCAUAUUAUCUUACUUUUAUAUUCAGUACUAUUCAAUUAUUUUUUAAAAUGUGAUUCGGUGCUAAGUAUGUCCCUGUUUGAAAAAUAAGUCAAAAUUAUCUCCCCCCUUUCAGUGAAUUUAGUGUUGAUUUUGUAUUUCAUAAUACGAAAUAUGAAAUGUUUUCAUUUUCUCGUCAUUAUGAUAUGAAACAAGUUUCAUUUCUCCUGAAUUGGCAUUGCUAUAAAAAAAAAUUAAUAAAAUUGAAACAGUAAAAUGAAAAAAGGUAUAGUGAGUGAUAUCAUCGACUCUCAAUAAUUGCAUAUCACCUGCGUUGUGCUUUUUGUGUUUUGUGAAAAAAAGAGAAAUUUAAUAGAUCCGACAGUAAUUACAUUUUCAACUUUUUGCUCGUUCCAUUUCCCUCUUUCUAUCAAAAUCAACUUUCAUCUGAGUAGAUUUCCCCUGCUACAUGGACAGAGAGGAACAGAGGGGCACUAAACAAAAAAAUGGGCGUAACCAAAGACCUUGUAGUAGUAGUAGUAGUAGUAGUAAGAGUAGUAGUAGUAGUAGUAGUAGUAGUAGUAGUAGUAGUAGUAGUAGUAGUAGUAGUAAGAGUAGUAGUGGGCGUAACUAUAUUAUGGCGCGUGCGCACCUCCGGCCCCACUUGGACCCAACUUCCACUGUUGAAAAUUAGUUGCCCUUUCGGGGCCACUCUUAUGGCAAUGGGUUUAUUUUCAUUUGGUCUAAUUUAUUAUUUUUUGCUUGUCAAUAUUUUUUGCCUGUUCCCCCUCAAAUUUUGGGUAGAUAACCAAUUUUUUUUGCUUGUAAAUAAAUUUUAGUGGUCCC